AUGGAACCAACACUGCAGCUGGAGCAGAGAGGACAGAGGGGCAGACUGUAUCUAAAUAUAAAAGAGGACUGCAGUGCCAUGGCCUUCUGUGCUAAAAUGAGGAGCUCCAAGAAGGCGGAGAUGAAUCUGGAGGCCCCUGAGCCGGGGGUGGAAGUGCUCUUCUACCUGUCGGACAGGGAGCCCCUCCGGCUGGGUGGCGGAGAGUACACAGCGGAGGAGCUGUGCAUCCGAGCGGCGCAGGAGUGCUGUAUCUCUCCUCUGUGUCACAACCUCUUUGCCCUGUAUGACGAGAGCACCAAGCUCUGGUAUGCUCCGAAUCGCGCCAUCACCGUUGACGACAAGACGUCACUCCGGCUCCACUACCGGAUGAGGUUCUAUUUCACCAACUGGCAUGGGACCAAUGACAACGAGCAAUCAGUAUGGCGACAUUCUCCAAAGAAGCAGAAAAAUGGCUAUGAGAAAAAAAAAGUUCCAGAUGCAACACCUCUCCUUGACGCCAGCUCACUGGAGUAUCUGUUUGCUCAGGGACAGUAUGAUUUGGUCAAAUGCCUGGCUCCCAUUCGAGACCCCAAGACGGAGCAGGACGGGCACGACAUUGAGAAUGAGUGUCUGGGAAUGGCUGUGCUGGCCAUCUCCCACUACGCCAUGAUGAAGAAGAUGCAAUUGCCAGAACUCCCCAAGGACAUCAGCUACAAGCGAUAUAUUCCAGAAACAUUGAAUAAGUCCAUCAGACAGAGGAACCUUCUCACCAGGAUGCGGAUAAAUAAUGUUUUCAAGGAUUUCCUAAAGGAGUUUAACAACAAGACCAUUUGCGACAGCAGCGUGUCCACGCACGACCUGAAGGUGAAAUACCUGGCUACCUUGGAAACUUUGACAAAACAUUAUGGUGCUGAAAUAUUUGAGACUUCCAUGCUACUGAUUUCAUCAGAAAAUGAGAUGAAUCGGUUCCAUCCAAAUGAUAGUGGAAAUGUUCUCUGCUAUGAAGUGAUGGUGACUGGAAAUCUUGGAAUCCAGUGGAGACAGAAACCACAUAUUGUUCCUGUUGAAAAGGAAAAAAAACUGAAACGGAAAAAACUGGAAAAUAAACACAAGAAGGAUGAGGAAAAAAACAAAAUCCGAGAAGAGUGGAACAAUUUUUCUUACUUCCCUGAGAUCACUCACAUUGUAAUCAAGGAGUCUGUGGUCAGCAUUAAUAAGCAGGACAACAAAAAAAUGGAGCUGAAGCUCUCUUCCCACGAGGAGGCCUUGUCCUUCGUGUCCCUGGUGGACGGCUAUUUCCGGCUCACGGCAGACGCCCAUCACUACCUCUGCACCGACGUGGCUCCCCCACUGAUCGUCCACAACAUACAGAAUGGCUGUCAUGGUCCAAUCUGCACAGAAUAUGCCAUCAAUAAGCUGCGGCAAGAAGGCAGUGAGGAGGGGAUGUACGUGCUGCGGUGGAGCUGCACCGACUUCGACAACAUCCUCAUGACUGUCACCUGCUUUGAAAAAUCUGAGGUGCUGGGUAUCCAGAAACAGUUCAAGAACUUUCAGAUCGAGGUGCAGAAGGGCCGCUACAGCCUGCAUGGCUCGGACCGCAGCUUCCCGAGCCUUGGGGACCUCAUGAGCCACCUAAAGAAGCAGAUCCUGCGCACGGACAACAUCAGCUUUGUGCUGAAGCGCUGCUGCCAGCCCAAGCCCCGAGAAAUCUCCAAUCUGCUGGUGGCCACCAAGAAAGCCCAGGAGUGGCAGCCUGUCUACACCAUGAGCCAGCUGAGUUUUGAUCGAAUCCUCAAGAAAGAUAUUACGCAAGGCGAGCACCUUGGGAGAGGCACGCGGACACACAUCUACUCUGGGACCCUCACGGAUUACAAGGAUGACGAAGGAACUUCUGAAGAGAAGAGAAUAAAAGUCAUCCUGAAGGUCUUAGACCCCAGCCAUAGGGACAUUUCUCUGGCCUUCUUUGAGGCAGCCAGCAUGAUGAGGCAGGUUUCCCAUAAACACAUCGUGUACCUCUAUGGGGUUUGUGUCCGAGACGUGGAGAAUAUCAUGGUGGAAGAAUUUGUGGAAGGGGGACCCCUGGAUCUCUUCAUGCACCGGAAAAGUGAUGUCCUCACCACACCCUGGAAGUUUAAAGUUGCCAAACAGCUGGCCAGCGCCCUGAGUUACUUGGAGGAUAAAGACCUGGUCCACGGAAACGUGUGCACCAAAAACCUCCUUCUGGCCCGUGAGGGCAUCGACAGUGAGUGCGGCCCCUUCAUCAAGCUCAGUGACCCUGGCAUCCCCAUCACUGUGCUCUCCAGACAAGAGUGCAUAGAACGAAUCCCCUGGAUCGCUCCUGAGUGUGUUGAAGACUCCAAGAACCUGAGUGUGGCUGCUGACAAGUGGAGCUUUGGAACCACACUCUGGGAAAUCUGCUACAAUGGCGAGAUCCCUUUGAAAGACAAGACGCUGAUUGAGAAAGAGAGAUUCUACGAAAGCCGGUGCAGGCCAGUGACCCCGUCUUGUAAGGAGCUAGCUGACCUGAUGACCCGCUGCAUGAACUACGACCCCAACCAGAGACCCUUCUUCCGAGCCAUCAUGAGAGACAUCAAUAAGCUGGAGGAGCAGAAUCCAGACAUUGUAUCAGAAAAAAAGCCAACAACUGAAGUGGAUCCCACACAUUUUGAAAAGCGGUUCUUAAAGAGGAUCCGUGACUUGGGAGAGGGCCACUUUGGGAAGGUCGAGCUCUGCAGGUAUGACCCUGAGGGGGACAAUACCGGGGAGCAGGUGGCUGUCAAAUCCCUGAAGCCCGAGAGUGGAGGGAACCACAUCGCUGAUCUGAAGAAGGAGAUUGAAAUCUUAAGAAACCUUUACCAUGAGAACAUCGUGAAAUAUAAAGGCAUCUGCACAGAAGACGGUGGAAAUGGUAUUAAGCUCAUCAUGGAGUUUCUGCCUUCAGGGAGCCUUAAGGAAUAUCUUCCAAAGAAUAAGAACAAAAUUAAUCUCAAACAGCAGUUAAAAUAUGCUGUUCAGAUUUGCAAGGGGAUGGACUAUUUGGGUUCUCGGCAAUAUGUUCACCGGGACUUAGCAGCAAGAAACGUCCUUGUUGAGAGUGAACACCAAGUGAAAAUUGGGGACUUUGGUCUAACCAAAGCCAUCGAGACUGAUAAGGAGUACUACACAGUCAAGGAUGACCGGGACAGCCCUGUGUUCUGGUAUGCUCCAGAAUGUUUAAUUCAGUGUAAGUUUUAUAUCGCCUCUGAUGUCUGGUCUUUCGGAGUGACUCUGCAUGAGCUGCUUACUUACUGUGAUUCAGAUUCCAGUCCCAUGACCUUGUUCCUGAAAAUGAUAGGCCCAACUCAUGGCCAGAUGACGGUAACAAGACUCGUGAAUACAUUAAAAGAAGGAAAACGCUUGCCGUGUCCACCUAACUGUCCAGAUGAGGUUUACCAACAUAUGCGAAAGUGUUGGGAAUUUCAACCAUCUAAUCGGACAACCUUUCAGAACCUUAUCGAAGGAUUUGAAGCACUUCUAAGAAGCAUGAGUAACAUUUAA